CCUUGAUCCCGGCGGGAAGGAGGAGAGGAGAAGGAAAAAGAAGAAGAAGAAGGCGGGGUUCUUCCCGCUAAGCCGGGCAGGAUGGACAAGUACGACGAUCUGGGUCUGGAAGCCAGCAAGUUCAUCGAGGACCUCAACAUGUACGAGGCCUCCAAGGAUGGUCUCUUUCGGGUGGACAAAGGUGCCGGCAACAACCCCGAGUUCGAGGAGACCAGGCGGGUGUUCGCCACCAAGAUGGCCAAGAUCCACCUCCAGCAGCAGCAGCAGCAGCAGCAGGAGGAGAUGCUGAUGGCCGCGAUGAACGGAGGGGCUGCCGCCUUCCACCCCCCGCGUCCCAGCCCGCCGGUGGCGCGGGGUUCGAAGCCGCCCCCCGCCGCCGAGGGGCCGCGGGCGAGGCCCUGCGAGGGAGGGGAGCGGGGCUUCGGAGAGAGCGGCACACGUGCCGAGGCCCCGGGGAGCCAGGCCGGGCGCCGGGGCUGGGAAGCGGAGCCCGACAGGAUCCCCCGAGUGGGGGGCACACAGCCUGGCGUGGGGCGCGGGGAGCAGCAGGCUGGGAGCCUCGGCGACCCCCAGCAGCCCUGCCGUGGCGGGCAGGAGAACGGCGGCGAGGGCAGGCGAGGUGUCGGGGGCCGUGACCCGAUGCCAGCCGGACAGAGGUCCUCCUCCUUCUCAAACUCCGGAACCCCCUCGGCACCCUCGGUAGGGCCAGAGGAGCCCCCGCCACAGCAGAGGUCCUCAUCCUCCUCGGCACUCUCAGCGCAGCCCACUCGAGGGUUUUCAGGCUCCGUUGAGCCCUGCGGUCCCAAAGCCGGUGGAGACGGCAACCAGCCGUGGUACCAGGGUGUCUCGGUGUCCUUCCCGCCAGGCUCCGCACCUGCUGCUCCCAGCGUGGAAUACCAGCACGCCGCUGCCUACCCCAGCCCAGCCGGUCACUUCGUGGCCCACGGUCAGAACCACAGGCCUGCCGGCAGCAGCGGGAACGCUGAGGCGGGCUCCUCGCGCCUGGCCUCGCGAGGGAUGGUGGCUCCCAAUGCGCCGCAGAUGCUUUUCCCGGAGGGUGUGAGCGGGCCACGGUCAGACUCUGGGCACCUGGAUGGCUCCAGCACAGCAAAGGUGAAGCUGCCCUGCCAGACCCUCCUUCCGCAGCCAGAGCAAGGGCCGUCGGCGGCUGAGCUGAAGCUGGAGGCACUGACCCAGCGGCUGGAGCAGGAGAUGGAUGCUCGGCCAAAGGCUGAUUACUUUGGUACCUGCGUGAAGUGCAGCAAGGGUGUGUAUGGAGCAAACCAAGCUUGCCAAGCCAUGGGCAACCUCUACCAUGACAGCUGCUUCACCUGUGGAGCCUGCAGUCGAAAGCUGAGAGGAAAAGCCUUUUAUUUUGUCAAUGGAAAGGUGUUCUGUGAAGAAGACUUCCUGUAUUCUGGUUUCCAGCAGUCGGCUGACAGGUGUUUCAUUUGUGGUCAUUUGAUAAUGGACAUGAUCCUGCAGGCUCUAGGGAAAUCAUAUCAUCCAGGCUGCUUCCGAUGCGUCAUCUGCAACGAGUGUCUGGACGGUGUGCCAUUCACUGUAGACUCCGAAAACAAAAUCUACUGUGUCAGAGAUUACCACAAAGUUUUAGCUCCAAAGUGUGCAGCAUGUGGACUUCCCAUUCUGCCCUCUGAGGGGUCUGAUGAGACCAUUCGGGUUGUGUCCAUGGACAAGGAUUACCAUGUGGAAUGUUAUCACUGCGAGGACUGUGGAAUGGAACUGAACGAUGAAGAUGGGCAUCGCUGCUACCCAUUGGAUGAACAUUUGCUUUGUCACUCCUGUCACCUGAAACACAUAGAGAAUGGCACAACCCCAGCAGCUGCCUACCAGCACCACUACUAGUCACCAUGGCCAGUGUUGGAAAGCUAGGACAGAAGACUUGUUACAUGAUCUCCCUCUCCCACCUUCAGCUGAUUUCCUGUGCAUGUUUUUUUUGCCAGUCAGCAAUGUUCCUGUCAAAGGAUAUGAGAGAUUUUUGCUGGAUUCACCAAGUUUGUAUGCUUGUGGGUUUAAGCUGCAUCAAACCAUGUCUACUUGACCAAGAACAUGGCAUGUUACCUAAACCAAUCAGUUUACUUUUACAUGUCUUUGUCUGCCACCUGGAGAUUCCUCUGGAUUAAUUUUGGAAGAUUUUUCAGUGAAAGCACAAUUUGCUCUCAUGCGUAUGAACUCUGAUCAUGCCAUACACAAUUAAAAAGCCAGAGGCUGGAUUGCCUGCCUGCCAGGGACAUCCAAUCAGUCUACUGUUUCCUGAAAGCACAUUUCAUCAGGUUCCCUGAAGGACACCAACCUAUUAGUACCAGCUUUUUAGACACACUCUCUUUUUAUUAAUUCUUUAGGAAAAGAAAAGAAAGGGGUCUGUGCAAAAGGCCACACACAGACCUUUCAGUUAAUUCCCCGAACUCCAGUAUCAAGUCUGGCUGUAAAAGUACCAACUCCAAGCACAAACUAGGCAAUGCUGUCUGGCAACUGGAGGCUAACAUCCCAUUUCAAACAGAAAAAAAAACUGGAACAAGCUAGGCUAAGCUACUGCAAUGACUUGGGGCUCAGGCUUGUGUGUCAGCACGACACAUAGGGGCCAGUCUGCUGUGUCAGAGUCUGAAGAGUGGAUCAUAUUUGGAAAGGACAGGUUGGGAUGCUGAAAGUGUGGACAUGGGGGAAAUCCACCCUCAUUCUUGCUCACAGAGCUCACUUUGGAAAAAAGUUCUCCGUACACAAACAGUUGCCUGAGUUUUCCAGUUUGUCCUCACAGCUCAGCCCUAAGCCUGGUUAUUCCUUUUCAUAGUGUUUAUCCAGCACAAAGCCAUUUCAUAGUGGUGCUUAUUUAGAGCUCGGGGAGCAAACUUGAGGUUGUUAUGGAGGCUUUGUCACACAGGGAUUUAGAGCCCAGCUCCACAACCUGAACUCAGAUGAGUGUGUUGGCAUAAACAGAUUUGCUCCUAUGAAUAAUAACAGCUUAUCUGAGCAAGGGGUUGGAGAGUUUGGCCCUUACUUUCCAUUCUGCUGAGAAAGCAGGAAGGCAAAUUGUUUCUUUUCUUGACCCUCCCCCCAUCCCUGCUUUAUAGUCAAUGAAAUCUGUUCCCCUUGUAUGUGUUACACGUAUGAAAGGUGUGCCUGCAGUGCAUGUUCUGUACCUACCAAAGCUGUGCAGCCCCUCAUGUACUGGUACUUUUGUUUAAAAAAAAGUUCUUAAUUUAAAGCCUCAGAUGCAGUUGGGGAUCUUAACUACUCUUUGUGUGGAAAAUUAGUUAAAUCCUCAUGUAUCUAUGCUGAAGAUGUAAAUUUGGUUCUGACUGGCAAAGGAUGGGCUGACAUUCUUGAAGAUCUUUUCAGUGUGGAAAUGACAAUAAAUUAGCUGAGCCGUGGCACUGGGACUCCCAAAAGGUUCCCAUGCUGAAAACCCAUUACAGUUCAACCAAACCUCUUUUCCAAUAGCACAGAUGUAGCUUGAACUUCACUUGAUAUAGUCAGACAGCAACGUGUACUCAUCUGGAGCAGCACGGGUGUCAGGUAGCAGCAAGUUGCCUGUCUCUGUCUGUGCUGGUAAGUCAUCUUGCCAUGGCUGAAAUGUGAAACUGCCCCAGCCCCAGGAGCUUGGCGAGCCUGGCAUGGAGUUUCAUGGUGCCAACUGACCAUCCAGCCCUCUGCCCCACUCACUGCAAGUGCCUCUGCCUGUUUCCACUGUUCUUCAGGAUGGGGAUGGCAGCUUGGGGCUAGAUGCUGGUCCUGCCUGGAAGCCAUCCAGACCUUUGGUGUAGCUUGGCUCUGCAGCACCAUUUUUCCUGGAGACAUGAAUCCCUUCAGUGAGUGACUUAAAGCUCAAGGCAGGGCACUUUAGCACUGUGAAAUAUAUAUUCUGAGAGUUUUACCUGUGAUUUUAGAGGAGGUAAAAUUGACCCCAAAUAUGUAAGCCCUCCUAGAGCCUUAAAUUUAGCUGGUUAGGAAGGGGAUGGGAGCUGACACAAAAUUUAAGCAGUGCUGCAUCCAAGCAGGAUGUAUCGAGGGCAAUAGCCAGGGCAGAUCCCAUAGUGCUCUCACCCCAGUGCAUCUCAUCAGCUUGUGUCCUGCAGGCUUGAGCAGGGAGGGGGUGUUCCAGGAGUGACUGUGAUCUCAGGACUGUCUGAAGGGACUGAGGUGGAAAAUAACACCAGCUCACAAUCCCUAGUAAAUAAUUCAAAUAGUCCUGGGCAGGUGGUUCUGCACCCUGGGCUGCUUUUGGCAGUGAAGGCAAUGAGAUAUCAAAGUGUUUUUUUUUUUUAAGUGAGCUGGAAACACCAGUUUUGGUAAUCUGUUGCUGUCUCUGAAAGACCAGCUGCUAUGUAGUUCAUGCUUUUGCUACCUCUUGAUUUUUUAGAUCAAGCCCUUGUGCACAUUUUUUGGCCUUAAUUUUGUAAAGAUCUGAAAACACUAGUGGGACUGGUAUUUUGUUUUUAAACUGCAGUUUAAACUUCUGUCUCACCCUUGCAGCCUUCCCCAAAACCUCAAAAUAAGCAGGACAGAAGGGAAAGGGGAGAAGGACAAUUUUCCUUCAUGGAAAGCCUCAAGGGCAGCAGUUUGUGGCAAGAUGUCUUGCAGGAGCCCUCUUUGCAUCACCAGAGAGUUUGGCCUCUGCUCCCACACAGUGUCUUCUUACUCCUGUCAGCCAUCCUGUAUCCGUCAGUGCUGGGGAAAUGGAGGCUGCCCUACUUCCAGUUUUAAGGUCCCCUAUAAAUUAUUAAAUGCUAACACUCUCCUUUCCUGUAUUUACAAAGAGCUAGAAGUGACAGUGUGAAGCUCUUGAAAAAAGGAGCCUGUGAGCUUGUGGUUUUGAAGCUAAAGCAUCUACUGCACUGCCCUGCACCCCUGUGUGUGCUUACUUGCACUGCUUGUAUCUCUGGGAGUUCGAAUUCCUUUAAGCUCAGUAUUAUUUCUCCCAGGCUGUGACUGUCCGAGUCCCUGUUGAUUUUCCUCAGCUUCUCCCCAGCUCUGCAGCUGCCUGACGGUGGGUCUGGGACAGGGGGAGGCAGGGGCAUCCUGCACGGGGGAACCUUCUCCUCCUCCUGACCCUCCACCAGGCAUCUGUGGAGCUGCAAGCCCUCACUACCUGCCUUCAGGCAGCUCCCCCAAAGGGAGAAAUAGCGUUGGAGCUGGAGGUGUGAGGCUUUGUGUCCUCUUCAGAAGAAUUUCAAAACACAUGUUAAAUUCCACCUAUCUCAUUGGGUUUUGCUGUUCACAUUAACCUUGUUGCCUUUUAAUUUAUUAAGAAGCUUUGAAAACGUGCUAUGAAAAGUUAGUCUUGAUUCCUCCCCCAGCAAGUUCUUCUGACUGGCUUUAAAGUAAGGGACCCUUGUAAGUCCCAUUGUGCUGUUAAUGAGUAAUUCUCAUGCAAAUAGUUAUUCAAGUGAAUUCCCUGAAUUCUGCUUUCAGGAAUCAGAGCUUAAAAGAUUUUUUCAUUCAGAUCAUGCUGUUAAAUUUCUAUUGCUUAAAAUACAGAAACUCAUUUAAAUAGGGAUUUUUGCAUAAGAGCCGGGGAAAAGCCCCAGCUACCGAAGCAGCAGACAUUUUUGUGUAAUUUAAAGUGUAAGAAGCACCUGUGAUCAAAGCAAUUUGGGAAACUGCCCUGAUGUUAAAACACAGGGAACAGCAGUUUCUAACACUCUGGUAAGGAGCAUUUGAAAAGAUCUGUGCCUCUUCAAUUUCUGAAUUUCAUUUGGGGGCUUGUUUUUCUGGUCUUUCAAGGUUUAAAUGCCUCUUUUUUUUUUUUUUUUUUUUUUUUGUUAGAUCUUUUUACUACGAAGUGAAUAGCUGCUUAGUCUGUAAAUGAUGGAGUUUCAUCAGCAAUCAGGUGUGAUGUGGCAGCCUUGAAAAGGGGAAACUGGGCUUCCAAGAUGGGAAGACAGUCUGGCUGGCCAUUCCAAAGAAAGAAUUAUCUUUUUUCUGGAAAAAAAAAAUCCCAUGUGGGCCUUGACCACUUGCUAUGUGCUCACUUCUGGGGUGGUGUGUGCAGCUGUGUCCAUGCACAUGAUGUGUGGCAGGUGCUGCCUGUGACACACCUGCCUUUCACACCUCUGUGCCCAUGCCAAGUGCUUGUAGGUGCCUUUCAAUGUGCAUGAAUGUAACGCCAAGUUAACCCAGGCUUCAUCACUGGGCAAUACCCCUGAGUCACUACCUGCAGGCAGGGAAGGGCUGUGACCAGAUAUACAUCCCUUUCCCCCAUCCUGUGAGUGCCUGUGCCACUGGGAGAAGCUGGGAAGGGCUUUGCAUCUCUCAUCGUCGCACAGCACUUGUGCGUUCAUUUUUCUUUUCCAUUUCUGUGUGCUGCUGCUCGCUGGCUGCAGUGGCUCUGGCUGUCCUCACUGAAGCUGACUGGGCAGACAUCUUCCUGUCACAAGCCCAGAGAGAGCUUGGAACUGCUCACCCACCCUUUUCCUAAGGAGAAGCAACACUUUCCUGAGCAAUAAAAAUCCUUACCCUGCUUUCUUCCAGGGCAGCCAGAAGUUGGUGUGGCAAUGCAUCUGCAACCCACUCACAGGUGACAGGAGAUGGGAAGAAACUGUCCCCACGUGCAAAUACACAGCAAAGAGUCCUGUAAGGGCAGGAAUGCCCUGUGGCCCUGGCAGAGGGAUGACUGGGCUGCAGUUGCCAGCCCUGCCAGCACCAACCCUCCUCCCCACGCAGCAGGUCUGCGGAGCACGGCCAGGCAGGGACCCAGGCACACACACACCCCCAGGCUCUGACUUUCUGGAUCCAGAAAUCAAAUCCAGAGCCUGCCUAACGAUACUGAAUGGUACUAGUUAUUUUAUGUUUCCUUCAAAGCUUGGCUCCAGGAGAGAGUAUUUUAGGAUUUGUGCUGGUGUAACUAACCUUAGCCUCCUGUGAACGCAGCCCUCUUUUCUUCUGUGCUGUUAAGUAUUUAUAAAGAAUGGAGACCGGUAGCAGAAUGAAGCCACUGGCCUGUUGUGAUUUCAAUGAUUAAAGACAGUAUCUUAAGCAACA